CUCACCCCAUCUUCCUCUGUAUAUCAUCGAUUGCUGCUGUUUUUUUACUGCACACACUCGCACUCUGUCCCUAUCACUUAUUUAGAAUCCUCUGCUCACUCACAAUGGUCAGCUCGCCGCUUGAACAAGCGUACGAGAAGUACCGCUACGAGGCCCUCUUUGGCACAUGGCUUCUUGUGACAGGAGCGACCUUCAUGCGCAUCAGGCGCCAACCCUACUCCACUCGUCUCAAGGUUGAGCAAUACGAGAGCAUCUUCAAAGGGACGUCACUCGGUGCCAUUGUGCUUGGUAUUGGCAUAUCGCCCAAGCGCGGAAUGAGACGCGUUGCGUAGGGUCCCAAAGCAGCACAACUCACAGGGACGUACCCAACGGCCACCAGCAUUGAGCCUUACAGCACCACGGCUGAACAGAGGUGGAGUCUGUAGCCCAACGGGAAGAUGGAAGGCUGGCAUCUACUGCUGGAAGACGCCGCGCUCUGUCGACGGGCUUGGCGUCUCCGCAUUCUCACAUGCUAUCCACCCGCACCUACCCAUCGUUCCUUCAACGCCUCCACAGCGCCCAAAGUACCCACACCAUCAAAGAUGUUGUUCCGCCUGGGAAAGGUGAACAUCGAGCUCAACCCGUGGAAUCCCCUGUAUGCGGUUGCUCCAUUUAUCAUUUUGAUGGUGUCCAUCCCACUUGCCAUACUUGCAGUGAUCACCACAUCUAUCGCACUCUCACUGCUAGCCUUCCGUGGCUUCAUAGUUUACGCACAACUCGGCACUGUACUCUUGGGUGCAUGGCUGUCUCCUAGCCCAGCGAAGCCUGUUGCUCAGCAGCACCAGCCCCCUUCGCCCGAACGAAAGUCCCAACCGCGCAACCGCAAUCGACGAAUCAGCAGCAACGGCAGUGGAACAUCACAGGACACGGCCGUGCCGACUGCCCAUCUUGGGCCAAAGAGUGGAUCUUUCACAUAUCUACUUGGUGAAGGAGGACUCACACGAGACUACGAGGGCGUGGGUGGCUGGAGGGAUACAGGCAAUGAGGACGAAGAGGCAUUGUGGAUGGGUAUCAACUCUAGGCUGCAGCUACCAGCUGCACCAACUGGUCGCCGGCAUCAACGGAGGCAUACGGGCGGACAACAGAGCCCAAAUCAGCGUUGGAGCUGGAGCCCUGAGGCAUUCCGUAUGAGCCCUGUGCAGAGCAGGGCUAGGACGCCGAAUCGAGUCGUUGCCAUCGAAUGUGACAACGGCGAUUAUUUCCCAGCACAGCCUAAGAAUGGUGGACGUCCAAUCAGUACUGCAUCUGACCCCUUGAAGAGGCAUGGUCGAAGGCUGAGUGGGAGUGGCAGCAGCAUCACAAGUGUAGCUUCGAGCAUGAUGGCACCCGUGAAGGAGUCUGGAGAAUGAACCCUCAUAUAAUCAUGGCAAUUGACGUCCUUUUUGGUCACCACCAC